ACAGAACAACAAUCCAAAAUAUUGGCAAAAACAAUUCCGCACGCAUUUGUUUUUGCUCGUCGCGUAUAGUUUGGGUGCAUUAGCUACGCAAAAAAUCAGGUCAUUAUUUUCAGGCUAAGACAUAUCUCUCAUCCACCCAUACAGCCGUUGCACUACCACCGCCCGCAGCAACCCCUCACCAUGCAGAAGUACGAAAAGCUCGAGAAAAUCGGCGAAGGUACGUACGGUACCGUGUUCAAGGGUAAGAACCGGGACACGCUCGAAAUCGUCGCCCUGAAGCGGGUCCGGCUGGACGAGGACGACGAGGGUGUGCCGAGCUCGGCGCUGCGCGAAAUCUGUCUGCUGAAGGAGCUGAAGCACAAAAACAUCGUCCGGCUGUACGACGUGCUGCACUCGGACAAGAAGCUAACGCUCGUGUUCGAGCACUGCGACCAGGAUCUGAAGAAGUACUUCGACAGCCUGAACGGCGAGAUCGACCCGGACGUGGUGAAAAGCUUCAUGUACCAGCUGCUGCGCGGGCUCGCCUUCUGCCACAGCCACAACGUGCUGCACCGGGAUCUGAAGCCGCAGAACCUGCUGAUCAACAAGAACGGCGAGCUGAAGCUGGCCGACUUUGGGCUGGCCCGCGCGUUCGGCAUACCGGUGAAGUGCUACUCGGCGGAAGUGGUGACGCUCUGGUACCGGCCGCCGGACGUACUCUUCGGUGCCAAACUGUACACGACCAGCAUCGACAUGUGGUCGGCCGGGUGCAUCUUUGCGGAGCUGGCGAACGCGGGCCGGCCCCUCUUUCCCGGCUCCGAUGUCGACGAUCAGCUGAAGCGAAUAUUCAAGCUGCUCGGUACGCCGGAGGAGGAGAACUGGCCCGGCAUUACGCAGCUGUCCGAUUACAAACCCUUCCCAUUGUACCCACCGACAACGUCCUGGAGCCAGGUGGUGCCGCGCCUCAACUCGAAAGGGCGCGAUCUGCUGCAGAAGCUGCUCGUCUGCCGUCCACUGCUGAGACUCAGCGCCGAACAGGCCAUGUCCCAUCCGUACUUUACCGAAAACUGAAAGCGGUUCUAGCAGUUACGGGCGCUACUGUCGACCAAAGUAUCCCCCGGAACAACACCUUCACCGACGGAGCAGCUCGUGAUGUGCGAGGAUGUGGGCAGCAGGCGGCCGCCAGUGCCAGUGGACGGUGGUACGAUUCCUUCCCCUGCCUGCCAGCCGGGUGACGUGCAUUCCUUCUCCCCGUCGUCUACGCCCCUGCUGGAAACAAUCAACGAAUGAAACUCGUGUGGCCUGCUCCUCCUUCGUUGCGUGCGGCGUGCGAAACAAAUCCAGCUCCACUUCCUUUUCACACUACUCGUAACGGGUCAAUCUCGGUUUGUUACCUCUUCCCUCUUUUUACAACAAUGCUGCUUGGUGUGGUGGGGGUUUGAUGAUGCAGGAGGAGAGGUUUUAAAACGUCCAACCGUGUGCUAGAGCAAGCGAAUUCGUUGCCCCCCUUAUCUUAACGAUAUUUUACGAUAUUCCGAACAAUUGUGAUGAGAAACCUCGAUUUCGGACUGAUUUGUGCUAGAGCUAGUGUGUGAUAAGUUUGUUUUUUUGUUUUUUUUUUAUUGGAUUUCGCUUACCUUUUUUCCGAUAAUUUUCCGCUGUGCUUCGUUGUGUUUUAUGUUAGUGUGCGAGAAUUCAGGUAACAGGAGCAAAGACGAGAAAGCAAAAGGAAGUAAAGAAUGAAAAAAUAAAACCUCUUUUUUGCUCAGAUCUACUGCUAGAAGUUGAUGUAACACCGAGUACAGCAAUCCAAAGCCAUUUGUAUGUAAAUUAUAAUACAAUUAUAUACAUAUACUAUUAGUAUCAGUAGUACUGAAAACAAAGCGUUUUCCGCCCUUUCUUUGCCAAACGUGAUGACACCGAAAAACCAGGAAACAAUCAACAACGUCUUCCUUUUUUUUCUUAUGACUUUAGUGGCUAAAACGCAUUUAUUUCUCCGAUUUUUACAUCACACAUAAAAUUACAUACACAUUAAGUUAAAUAUAUGUUUGGUUUACCUUUUUUGUUUGUUUUGUUUUGUUUGUUUGUUCCUUUUUUCCGGGUUUGUGGUGCUUUUAUUCUGUUAUUCUUCACCUGCCUCUUUUCCUGCCACCUUUUACUGCUGCUGAUUUGCUGCGUUUUGCUGCUGUUAUGCGGAGAGAGAGAGAGAGAGACAGAGAGGAUGUUUGUGUACCGUUUACUCAACCCUAUAUAUGCCUUUAUAAUGUGAUGUAUCUACGACGUUUUUUUCUUCUUCUUCUUUUUGUUCUGUUUAAUGCCACCAGAGAAAGAGUUUGCGCUGUUGUUGGGGUCUUUUUUUUUGUUUUAUAUGUGCCGCACAAAGUAGUUUUAUCUCCUUUUGUGUUUUCACUUUCCAUUUCCUUUGGUUUGUUCUCCAAAUUUUCCAAUCCUUUACACAUUAGCCCAUAUGUUAGCGUGCGCUUCAUAAACACUCGUUUUGUUGGGGGAGAGCAGGAAGAGAUGAUGAUAAAGCAAAAAAAACGCACCACUUCCGUUUGCGUUGGAAGUAGGUUUUGUACCCGAAGGUACCCAUUUUAUAGGUGUACAUUUCUUCGUUUUGCUUGCUAUCUCCAGAGUUCACGUUUUGUUUUACUUUUCCCCCAUCCUCUUUUGUUUUGUUUGUUUGUUUGUUUACGACUUUUAUUAUUCUUUUACCUUUUUACCUUUUUUGUAUGGUUUCUUUUAACUUCUUGUUUCCUUGUUCUCUCUUUCUCUCUCUCUUCUUUGUUCCAUUUUACAGUUUCUAAUAGUUUUGUUUGUUUUGUUAUUUUAUAUAUACUUCUUUUGAAUGUUGCAUACCUUCUUUCAUAUUCCCUCCUCCCUUUUACUGCUCUGCUAUAUAUAGCUACAUUCGCAAUGUUUCUUAUUACCAGAUUUUUUUGCUACCUUUCAUCAAGUUUUGUAAUAAAUUUGAGACGUUUUUGUUUUACUUUUUCUUCUUCUUCUUCUUCUUCUUCUUCUCCUCUUGCUUCUAGUUGCUCGAACAGAUCUCAUUCCUGCAGCCACAGCACACAGCAUUUCCACAAACUACUUCCACAAACCAUCCCCUAAACAGCGAACUUUUCGAGGUGGUAAUAAGAAUAAAUGUCUGUAUCUCUGUAUGAAUGCGUUUUUUUUUUUUGUUUAGUUUGGUUUUUGUCGCUUUAAAUUCUUACUUACUCAAAGGAUUCACCACCACCUUUGUCCGCGUUGUGCGAACGUGUGUUGUUGUUGUUGAAAGUGAAGAAGAAAACCAGAAUGGUGAGAGAGAGUUUGGUAGCGGGUGUUGUUGUAGUUGUUGUGUGUAGAAAAAACCACGUGCCACACGAUUUGAAGCGUAAUGCGCAAGAAGCAAGGACCUGCGUCGGUCGUUUUGCAGCCCCACACAACGCGUUUCGCGACGGAAAUCGUGUGUGUGCGUUUUUGGGAAGGGCAAUGAUGGAUCUAUUCGGGAUGAAUGAUCUAAUAUCGCCGUAAGACUAUUGGCUAUGGUUUUAGCAAUAAAUUCGGAACGAUAUAUGAGCCAAAGGGGGGUCUAUACCUAGACAUCCUGCCACUUAUCCUGCCCUGCUUGUUGGCGUUGGGAUUGGCGAGAAAAAACGAAUCUUUAUCUAACAAAACCUGUGCCCCCCGCACUCCAGAGCUCGUGGGAUGGUGCGGGAUGCUAGCCCUCUAUUUCUUCAGCUGCCCAAUGUCCAAUGUCUUCCUUAUCCAAUUAGCUUCGAUUUAUGUGUGAUGCGUAGUAAAUGCGUAAUAACUAAGAGCGGACGACGCCCCAGGGGAUUGUGUUUUGAUGUGGUUGAUUUAUACUGCAGAUUUUGACUUAUUGAUGUGUUUUCUCUUGUGAGAGAAAAAAAGAUUCUUGCGUGUUGAUGCCACUAUUAUUGAUACUAGCUGCAGCAUCACUUUUCUUCCGCUGCCUUAAACCAAUCUGCUUCAGUUUGUUUGUUCACUUUUCUCACGUAACGCGUUCUAAUCUAGGUUUUGUUUUAGUUUUAUCUCUUUUCGUAUGUUUGUAGGGGUUGUUUUUUUUUUGUUCUUCUUUAGUUUCUUUUUUCUUUCUUGUUGUAGUUUUUUUUCCUACCCUUUUUUAUUAUUAACCAUUUCAUUCUGUUCCUAAGAUAGUUUCCUUUCUAGCCGUCUGCUGUUCACUGCCACACUUGUUUUAUGUCACAUUGGUUUUCUCAUUCUAAAUGUUUCUUUUUAUCGUCAAAUAUUAUAGUAUUUGUUUAGAUUAUUUGUGUUUGUUUGUUUGUUUGUUUUUGUAUGUGUGUGUGAUUUGCGCUUACUACCACCUCCUUUUCUUUACUCAUUGGUUUUACUUCUUCUUAUUCUUCUUCUUCUUUUUCUUUUCUUUACUCAAAAAAGAUACUUAUUUUGGGUAGUCAAAAGCGGAUAUAGGUUUGCCUCACUUGUGCGGUACAAUUUCAUUCAUCCAGUUUCCAAGUGUUUCUUCUGCUCUCGUAUUGGCGUGUUUGGAUUUUCUAUUUCUCUCUUUUCUUCGUUCGGAUACACCUUUUGCGUGCGGGUUUUUGCUCCUUCCUUCGCGGUACUUACAUAGCCGCAAGUUUCGCGUUUUAUGCAAUUAUGCUGUUUGUAUUAGUUCUAUGUUUGUGCUAUGUUUUGCUCCUAGGGAGCGCGACUGCGCGGCCACUCCGUUUCCGUAUUUGAUUGAUAAGCACGUGGAGAUGAUUUAUUUACCGUUAGAGUUCAGAAAACCCUGUUUGAAAUGGAACCGAAAACCCCGGAAGUGAUGAAAAGUGGGAUACGUUUAGAAAGCGCUUUUUGCUUGCGACAGUGCUUAUAUGUAGCACAGGCGGGAUUAGGUGUGUCUUGCUUUCGAACAAAAUGUCAAAUAGUCGGCCAUUGUCGGCAAUACAAUACACUCCUCCUUCUCUGCUGAGCAAGGAACCGUGCGUAACAAUGGUUGAAAAAGAUUUAAAAAAAAAACGAUACAAUCUGCCGGUGAGAAAAUAGCAAUAGAAAUGAUUUCAUUUUUCGCCCAUACUUUCAUUGAGAUAAUUCUUAAUACAUAAUACUAUAUAGUUUACGCUAUUGUUCUGUAUGUGUGUAUUAAUGCGUGUAUGAUGUGUGAUUCUCUCUUAAGCGACAUGGCUCGCACCUAGACACGGUGUGCCUCUGCGCAAUCCGGCGUCUUCGUGUUCGUUUGGUUUAUAGGAUUUGUAGAAAAAAUAUUAAAAAUUAUGUUUUCUUUUUUUAUCAAAAAUAGAAGUAGAAUCAUUCCUUCACGGUGCUCACGGUGCCGGACGUGCUACACUUCUUCUCUACGUUACCUGCCACCGGUCACACCGUUACGCGCAUUACGCUUGUGGUUAGUUUUGUUUUGUUUUGUUUCGUUCAGCCAGGAUCCUUCUUUCGCCGCUUGGUGUGCAGAUAAUGUUUUGAAUUUUCAUUAUUUGGUCGUUUGUGAGCGCACACACACACACACGGCGAGUGUUGCUGGUAAAGCCAAUUUGCCAAUAGUUUUGAUUUUAUGAUUUUCUGCCAACCCUUUUUUGCUACCUUUUCGGCCGUUACUCUCGAACGUGUACAACAGGGCAAGGCGCCUGGUGUGGUUGUGGUAGCGUUUCGAACUAUCCUAAACGGAAUAUAAAUACGCAAAGCGCUGCUAAAGAACGAGAGGCUAAAGAGAGAUAGCUUUGUACUUUUACUAAAGGAUUGUUUAAACGGACUGUUGUGUAUUGCUACGCGUAAAACGUAUCGAUUGACGAAAAAUACAUAAAUCUGUUACCGUCGGAUUGUCGAAGCCCUCGGGGUGGUACCAGCCGUGCCGGGGCCGUACGGACGACCCGGUAUGGCACACACACACCCAGGGCAGUGCAAGGAAAGGUGGUAAAAGAAGGGCAAACUAACUGCAAAGAAACGCAUGUUCAUAUGGGUACACACCUGUUCCUGGCAUUAGUAGCCUUUUCAUCUACAGCAUCUUUCACCAUUCUUCACAACCACAGAGAGAAAAGGGGAUUGGAGGGAGGGGGUGAAACAAAACAACACGGACAAAAUCCCUUAACUGUAGCAAAGAUAGAGAACAAACAUCGAUCUUCGUUUCGUUGGCACAAAGCUGCGGAAAAGGCAGAAGACGUGAGCGCGACACGUGUUAUGCGGCAGAGCUUAACGAUAGAAAAUAGAGUACACCCUCUUCACCACCCGCCGUCCCUUCCGCCCCACUAGAGGGGGUAGACUAGAGGGUGAUCUUGUGCUUACGCACAAACACACGAGCCGAUCUUUCAAUAAUCUUUGAUUUCGUUUGCUUCUGCUUUGGUGCUAAAGUACUAAUUAAUAGAAUCUCUCUUAAAUAUUGUGCAUUGUUUUCUGUGCGUGUGUGUGUCACUGACUGGUAGGCUUUAAAUGGUGGCGCGUUUCGUUUAUGAAAAAUACUGGAUGGGACUUUACGGGGUUGGUUGGUAUUUAUAGGAACGAUAGGGAGUGUACAGGGACAAUGGUGCUGUGUGUUUGUGUGCGCUUGUUGUAGCAAAUAACCAUUAAGAAAUACCCUCGUUAAGGAAUGUAGAUGCAACUGAAUAGCGUUUCUAACCCGCAUGUAACGUUGUGCGCCUCAUCUCGCAACGGACAAUCACAUCCAUUUGUCCGUGCCGUUUUUUGCAUUUGUUUUGCGACCUUAACAUAUCCACUCGAUGCUUCAAACAACCACCAACUGGGCUAAAUCGCGAGAUUGGAUAGCAUUUUACUUCUUUUUUUUUGUGUGCGUAUCGUUCCACCGAAACUUUAGGACCAAGUUUUGCGUUUGUUUGUGGUUGUUACCUAUCCCGAACAGAUGUACGCUGGUUACCUUACAAGUUUAGUUUCAGUUUUGCCAAACACUUUCCCGUUUUUUUUUUAAAUGGGGCUGGCAAAACACACAUCCACACUCACGCGCACACGAGUAGUUGGUGGCGACGAGCCAACCCUCCUUUCUCUCUUUCUCUCUAAACGUACGCAAUAAGAAUAAUUACAGUAGUAUUAAUACAAAUAGCAAUAAUAAUAAAUAGGUUUCUCUGUAUCCUUUCUCCUUGCUCCUUCUUUACGUGUACGUGUUACUCCUUAACAGCCGAAAUAAUAUAAAAAAAAAACAAAACAAAACGUAACAACAUAAACAUUACAUACAAUAAAUUGGGAAAUAUGUGUGUGUGUGUGUGCGCGCAGUGCCUUUUCUUCCUCUAGUUCAAAACGGGGAAGAAUGUUUCCUUUUAGCUAGACCCCACCACCGAACAAAGCUAACGAAAAUGUUUCCAGCCCAGGUCGUAAAGCCGUUGGGGCGUGGCAAGCAGUUUCCCUCAAAACAAGUGCAUCUUGUGUUUUCCCCAAUUUUUUUUUUUUUUUUU